AUGGCCUCGUUCAAACCUUUGCACAUUCUGGCCUUUGGCGCCACUGGCAACAUUGGGAAACACAUUAUCGAUCAACUAAUUCGCGCUAAACCCGCAUUCCCCAAAAUCUCAAUCUUCACCUCUCCAAACACAGUGGCAACCAAGCCUGAGCUUCUGAGUCAGUGGAAAGCUGCAGGCGUGUCGGUCAUUGUCGGUGACAUCACAAACUCGGAAGACGUGAAGAAUGCGUAUCACGACGUUGACACUGCCAUCAGCUGCCUUGGCCGAGGGGCACUUGAGCAUCAAUUCGAGCUAAUUAGGUUGGCGGAUGAAUCUGAAUCUGUCCGGUGGUUUUUUCCUUCAGAAUAUGGCACCGAUCCAGAUCAUGACCCCAGCAGCGCUCUCGAGAAGCCCCAUCAAUUCAAGAGAAGAGUGCGCAAGACAUUUACCGAGCAAGUGAAGAAUUUGAAACCAACAUAUCUGGUUGUGGGGCCAUAUAUUGAAAUGUGGGUUGACGGUGACGGGCUCAAGGAUGCAUUUGGCGGAUUCGAUGUAAAGAAUAAAGAAGCAACUCUUCUUGGAGAUGGAGAGCAACCCAUUGGGUUUACCGCCAUGGAAGAUGUGGGCAAAGCCUUGGUAGCAGCCCUACAACGUCCAGAGAUAUCAUUUGGCAAAGUGCUCAAAAUUGCCUCGUUCACAAAGUCACCAAAUCAGAUCCUGGCCGAAUACGAAAAGCAGCUUGGACACAAGCUCAAUGCCAAGUAUGUCACACUAGAUGAAGUGAGGAGCUUCGAGAAGAAGUACUGGGACGAGGGCAAUCCAAGGGCAGUUGUCGGUACGCUGCGACGGAUCUGGGCAACAGGCGGAGCAGUUUACGAUAAGCUGGAUAACGAAGCGCUUGGAUUGAAUGAGAACCAGUUGCAAUCACUUGAAGAGGCAGUUGGAAAUCGCCUUGAGGGCAAACCGUUUUAG